AUGCCGGGAGCUGUAGUUCUCGGCGCUUGCGAGAGCUGUGGGGAGGAGAUGGGGCCCCCGGCCUGGUCUCGCAGCAGUAGUUCCGCGGGACGUUCGUUCCCGCGGCCCGGGCCUCUGCUCCACACCGCACCGCCAGGACACCGCCUGCCCUCCGCCCGGACCCUCUCGCCCCGCCGGGGCCGGGCGCGCAAGCGGGGACGGGCCUCUGCGCGGAGCAGCCAAUGGGGACCGAGCCUGGAGGCCGGGGCGUGGCGGCCCCGGCGCGACGCCCGGAGUGGCGGUUGUUUCAAGAUGGCGGACUCGGCGGGCCCCUCCCGCUCGGGUGCCUCCGCGUUCUGGAGCCGCGAUCUUUCUGAUGAAGAGCAAUCAGUGAUAUAUGUUCCAGGAAUUUCUACCGAAGGAAAUAUCAGAUCAAGACACAUGUUGGUGAAUCCAAAAGCUGAUGCGAAAGUUAAGACUUCCAGGAUGACUGAUGCUUCAAUCUCCAUGGAGUCACUAAAAGGUGCAGGAGAUUCAGUAGAAGAACAGAAUUUCUGCAAAGGAGGGACAAAGAGUGCAUCAUUGAAAGAUUUAUGUCUUGAAGACAAAAGACGUAUUGCAAACUUAAUUAAAGAACUGGCCAGAGUAAGUGAAGAAAAGGAAGUAACAGAAGAACGACUGAAAGCUGAGCAGGAAACAUUUGAGAAGAAGAUCCGGCAGUUAGAAGAACAGAAUGAACUGAUCAUCAAAGAAAGGGAAGCUCUUCAGCUACAGUAUAGAGAAUGCCAAGAACUUCUAAGCCUCUAUCAGAAAUAUUUGUCAGAACAGCAGGAGAAGCUCUCCAUGUCUCUCUCUCAACUUGGUGCUGCUAGAAUGCAAGAAGAACAGAGGCCCAAUAAGAAAAGCACUCUCCGGUCUUCAUCUAUAGAACUAGAUGGUUCCUACUUGAGUGUAGCCAAACCACAAGCCUACUAUCAAGCCAAGCAAAGACCUAAGUCUGCAAACCAGGCCUCAGCUUCAGAAUCCUUGAUGGAGUUUAGGAAUAACUCUUUGAAACCAAUUCUUCAUCAUCCCAAAGAGAGUCUAGAGAGGGUACCACCAGAGACCAGAACAUGUAAUUAUGAAUCCCCAGGGAGAAAAUCAGUGGAUACAGCACUAACAGACAAAGCUGCUCCAGAAGAAUUGAGGAUGCAGGAAUGUCCACACCUUAAGCGUACUGCAUUGAGUCAGUGUUGUAAUCGGAGACUUUGUGAAAAUGCAGACUGUGUUCAUGAGAACCAUUUUACAAACAUGUCCCCUCAAUACUCCAAGACACAUCAGGAAUCAUGCAGUUAUUGUGGGCUUUCUUGGACAUCUCUUAUGCAUGGCAGAGGGGCACAACAGCCCAGUGAGACUGAUGUCAAAAAGCAACUCUCAGAAGAUAGAAGACACCAGCUGAUGCUUCAGAAAAUGGAACUGGAAAUUGAAAAGGAACGCCUUCAGCAGCUGCUGGCCCAGCAAGAGACAAAGCUGCUCCUAAAACAACAGCAGCUUCACCAGUCUCGACUCGAUUACAACUGGUUAAGAACUCAAGCUGUAUUUAAGUCAAGAACACAGGUUGCUGACAAAGAGCUUACUAAACCCCGAGAGCUCAAUCUGAAUAUGACUGGGAAUGACUCUGGACCAAGUUUACUGAAGUCAAAGUGCAAUGGCUGGCUACUUGAAGCAUCACCAUCCGUUAAGAAGCACCCAGACUCCGCGAGCAAUGGUGAGAACAGGAGAGAGAAGACAGUUGGGUUUCAGUCACACAUGGAAGAUGAUGCUCUCUGGACAUGUCAAAAGAAAGAUGCAUCUAGACUCCAAAGAGGGACAAUGGCAGGAGUUAGAAAAGACGCAUCCACAUCUCCUAUGCAAACAGGAAGCCAAAAGGAGCUUGUAGCCACAUCCUCAUCCUCAUUCCAACCCAGCAGCUCUCGGUAUGAGACCUCUCUUCUGGACUUGGUUAAGUCUCUGAGCCCAAAAUCUGCUCCGCAACCUCAGCUGCGCCCCUCCAGAGAAGCUGGGCUCUGGAGUCACAGUACCUCCCGCCUCAGCCCCCCAAAAUCCACUUGGAGGAAGAUGGGAGUGCACAGGACCCCUGAAGACCUGGAGGAGAGUCAGAUUUUGGAAGAUAUAUUUUUCAUUUGACACCAAAGCAUAUGCUCAAAAUUUCCAUAGGAAA